CAAGCAACGUUUGAAGGGAGCUGUUUUUUGCUGCGGUCCUUAACCCAAUGUUCAAACUGGAAUCAUAGCCAGGAGCUUUUAAAGCAGUGAAGAGUACGGGGCUUCAAUGGCGGCCAGGCUGUCCAGACUUUGCCCGUGCCUGAAAUGCUUGUGGGAAAAAGUGUGCUGCUGCGGACGUUCACCCUACGAGCCUGAUUCCUCCGAAUCUGAGUCGGUCCCAGAUUCGUCAAACCGAGAAUUGGGAGAUCCCGUGUACACGGCCGAGUGGGACUUUCAAGCCAGGGCCCCGAAUGAGAUCAGCUUCAAGCAAGGAGACCAGUUCACGAUUAUUGAGCGCAGUGGAGAAUGGUGGACCGCGGGGAAACUGGAUGAAGUCGGUCGAGUGACUGAAAAAGGAUAUGUACCUUACAAUUAUCUAGUGAGAGGCGAGAGCCUGCGGGCGCAGCCAUGGUUCUUUGACAAACUAAGUCGCUCAGAAGCAGUUAAUAUUUUGUCAUCUGGAGGCAGUAAUGGAGUAUUUCUUGUGAGAAUCAGUGACAGAGAACAAGGGAAGUAUGUGAUAUCAGUGAAAUGCAACAAUGUAGUGAAGCACUUCAAAAUAUUGCAGACACAAAAUGAUGCUUUUUACCUAAAUGAAAAACAUCAAUUCCAAACUCUGGUGGAAAUUGUUGAAUUUUACAAAAACAACAGCUUAAUUGAUGGAAUAAAACUAACUGAACCUUGCAAAAAGUCUGAACCAGUACUAUGGGACUUGUCUAAGGAUACAGUAGAUUCAUGGAGAAGACCACAAGAAGAGUUUACAGUUGUCAAGAAACUGGGGGCUGGAAAUUUUGGACAUGUCUACUUAGGUUAUUAUAAUAAUAGGAUUAAAGUGGCAAUUAAAAUUCUGAAGAAAGAAACUGUGAGGUAUAAAGACUUUGAUUUGGAAACGAAGAUUAUGAAGAAUCUUCAUCACAAAUAUCUGAUUCCACUUUAUGCCACCUGCAUAACAGAGGAUUCAUAUUACAUUGUGACAGAGCUGAUGGCAAAAGGAAAUUUGCUUCAAUAUCUCAGGAGUGGUGAAGGAAUAAGGUUGUCCUCAUACUACCUUGUGUCUAUGGCAAGCCAAGUAGCUGAAGGAAUGUAUUAUCUGGAGUCACAAAAUUAUAUUCACCGGGACCUGGCAGCAAGAAACAUUCUUGUAAACGAAAAUGGCACCUGUAAAGUGGCUGAUUUUGGAUUGGCUCGUCUUAUUGAUGAAGUAUACAUAUCAAAUACCAAGAUAAUUCCCUACAAAUGGACAGCCCCUGAAGCAAUAACCCAUGGACAGUUCUCUGUUAAAUCUGAUGUAUGGUCAUUUGGAAUACUUCUAUUUGAGAUUAUGAGCUACGGUCAGAUACCAUAUUCAGGGAUGGACAGCAGUUUGAUUGUUGAAAGAGUAACUACUGGGUACCGCAUGCCACCACCAGAAAACUGCCCUGACAUUAUAUAUAAAUUGAUGUUUUCCUGUUGGAAUAUCACACCUAGGGAACGGCCAUCAUUCAAAGAACUAACCAAGCAGCUUGUAAACUUCAACCAGAAUGAGGAAGGUUUUGUUUUGUCUAGCUCAAAAUGUCUGAAGCAUACGGGAAUGUUUAUAUUCAAGCAAACAUGAAGAGGAGCUCAAUAAGAAAAUACAACUGUUCAAAAAAUUAAAGGAACACUUUUUAAUGAAAGUAUAGCAUCAAGUCAAUAAGACUUCUGGGCUAUUGAUCUGGUCAGUUACGUAGCAGAGGGAGUUGUUAAUCAGUUUCAGCUGCUUUGGUGUUACACCAAAACACAUUGAAACACAUCAUCCUGAGGAUUCAUCUGUGCAACCACUUCUGGUACCACUUGUCACGUUUGGGACACAAAAUUCCACAGAUACACUCAGGAGAUUCCAGAGACAAAAAAACUUUAUUCAAACACUGUGAAAACAAACAGUCUCAUUCAGGAGUGAUCCGGGCUCCACGUCAGCCCAGAGGGCACAGCUCCAUCUCUCAAUUAAAAGAACAGAAAAUCUUCCUCUUCAAAGGGUCGCGCCUCGGGAGCUAGAGCCCCAACAAGAGCAGAGGAUGUCUGGGGGAAGAGGGACAAGGCAAUGAGACAAAAGGACAGCAGCUGUACAGGCUUUUAA